AUGUUCAAACGGAAUAAUGGUAGACGCAGUGAAACGGACCUCCGACUGCGACGGAGCUUGGAGCAAUCGAGAAAUCUAGAGGCUACAAGAGGUCUUGCAUUCGCCCGCUCAAGUGAGCAGAUCUCUCGGAGACCAUCUUCACCAACUCCAGAUAUACCACAGAUUACCACUUCAUACACAGAAAGCCAUGCUGCAAAACCAAAUCCUCGCUUUAGUCUAAUGCGGUUCCGGCAUGCCUCGGACUCGGCGAUAGGGCAGAAGGCUAGAGAUUCAAAUCCACCUCCCGUCCCAACCACACCCGAUGCUCUAACACUUACCCCUUCGAUCAUUACUACAGCUCCCACGAACGAUUUUGCCCCCCCGAGAAGACAAAGCACGAUGAGGCUGUGGCGGCAAAAAACUUUGGAUAGCAAGCCUUCCAGCAGUCCGGCUGCCCUAUCAUCCGAAGAGUCAUCGCAACGAAGCUCAUUCUCGAAAAACAGACGGCGGGAUGGAAGCACGUCACGGACAAAUUCCAGCAUGCGAACUAGUCGAGUCACGUUCGAUGAACCGGAACGUCCACGAACCAACCCUACAGGGUCUACAAUACACGAGCCACCAGCUUAUGACGACCAGAUGUCAUCUUUACCAUUGCCCCCGCCUCGCUUAUCAGAGUCUUCCCGCUCAACUGCCAGCUCCACGGAUCACUACAUCACAACUACUACUACGCAGACCACCACCACCACAACCACGUUCUUUAGGCUUCCCCGCCGUAAAAAGAAGGAGACUAGUUUAUUCCCACUCCCAUCAAAGCCAUCCCUCUCCUACGAGGAGCGGCUCACGCGACCAUCAAUUCGCAUCUCAUAUGCUGGCAGCAUCUGGCCUCAAUUUUGCAGGUCCCGGCGGACCGCGUGUCCUACGCUCAAAUUCGACUGCUUCGACCCGCUCAGUUCAAUCGAGCCCCACGUCGCUCACACCGACAAAGAUCACCAAACGUGA